GCCAGUUGGUGAGAGCUCCGUCGAAGAGUUUCAAGCUCACCUUGAUAAUCUGGCUUGCGGCGACUCCGUUGAGAAUUACAGUCGUGAUUUCUUGCAAGACAGGUCUCCUGCUCUGAGUGCGAGUUUUGACCCCAGUGACUUCGAGGAGGUACAAUGGUACUCAAAGGCGAAUCUGUCUGACAAGGGUAGCGAUCUCCCUCCUGGUUCUUUGACAGCAGAGGAGACUCCGAGGCAUGUGCCCUCGCAGGACUCUGGCAUGCCGGGGUCUUCUUCUGGUGAUCGUGUAUUCAAUGUUCCAGCUGCCGUGGCUUUUGCACAUCAGUCUUUACCCACUGCAGGUCUGGAGCAGUGCUGGGAGAAGGGGAUUUGGGCGGACAUUUUUGGAUCGCCAAAGGAUUUGUAUCAUGGAAUGCAUGGUUCUGUGUAUAAGAGACCGGAGGCCGUGCUUUUCGAAAGUGAUUCUUCGCGCUUGAAGGCUGCCAAGACUUCUGGUUCGGCAGAUAAAUCUGGCGGAAGUUUUACUUAUUUGAGUGCAGUUAAAGACCGUGAAGCGGUAAGCUGGAAGGCCAAGAGGGACAAGGAGCGGUCAGAGGCUCUUUACCUCUGGCAGGGGCUCAUUGAGUCUUGGCCCGCCAAGCUGGCCGUGGUUCGGCAACUUUUGGACCUGGGGCAUUUGCCUAGAUAUUUCAUGAAUGAAGAUUUACUUGGUGGCAAGGCGCCCGCUACUUUACGCAAGCGGUACAGGUCUCUGCUGGGUUACAACAACUUCUUGAGUGACCGAGGGUUGGGUUUCCCUGGAUCGGAGGAGAUCUUUUACCAGUACCUGUGUGGUAUGCGGGAGGCAGGCAGGCCUGCUUCUGCUCGGAAGGCAGUUCUUGAAGCCAUCACGUUCACGAGAUUUGUGGUUGGGAUUCCGGAACUUGCUGAGCUGGGUGAGAGCAAGCGCUGCCACGGCAGCGCGAAGCAGCGAGAUUUCAGGGCUCGGGUCCAGGCCUCUCCCUUUACAGUGGCCGAGCUGACCAAGCUUCACUAUAUUCUCGCUAAUGAUUCUGAGCUGUGGAACAGGCUGAUGGCCGGCGCCCUCCUUUUCGCAACUUACGGCAGGGCUCGCUGGGAGGACUUGUCCCACGCAGAGUCCAUUACUGUGGAUCGUGGAGAGAAUGGCGAGGCGGCUUUCAUAGAGGCCGGUGUGGGAGUCCACAAGACAAUGGGUGCCAAACUCAUGCGGGGGCAGCUUUUGCCCAUGGUGGCACCUGGUGUGGGUGUUACCGAAGACUUGUGGAUAGAACAAUUUAUGGAAACAAGAAGAUUGCUGGGAAUUGGUGAGCCGCCGCCUUUCCCUGUGAUGCCGGCACCAGAUCACCAAGGAUUCCCCACUGUUCGGAGUCUUGAGUCCGACGAGGCGGGGUCUUGGGCUAGGCUGUUGCUUUUCGGGAGCGCGGACCCGAUUCCGGACAGGCGCGUGUCGAGCCAUUCUUGCAAGUGCACUUGCAUUAGCUUUGCGACCAAGUUCGGGGCAAGUCCGAAUGAGUUGCUCUUGUUGGGAUAUCACACUGGUGAUUUUAAGAUGCCACUUACAUACGGGAGAGAUGCCGCUGCUCCCACACUCUUGUUGCUGAACAAGGUGUUGCGAGCUAUUCGGUGGUGGCUUGAGUUAGGGCGUGCAGCGACCUUGCGUCAUUGGGAGUCAGGGCUGCUCUCGAUGUCCACUAUCAUCGAGAGUGAAGCAGCCUUCGAAAAGAGGUGCCUAGAGGUUCGUGGUGAUGGCUCACUCACUGCGGGGCUGUCCACUCAAGGCGUCAAAUCUUUCCGCUCGCUUGCCUUCGCUCUUGGAACCCCUCAAAGCCCACCGACCGAGGAUGCCUUUAGAGAGCUUGCGAAACUUGUGUAUGCGACUGGCGAGCCGACUGUAGGUGAGUUGUCCAGUAUCAGGCAGCUUCACUUUGAGGCGUCUACUUUGGUUAUUCAGACUUAUAGGGACAUGGUGUCGCAUGAUUCAUCAGAUGGUGCACCGAUGAGAAAGCUUCCGCUGCCAGAGAAGCGGGCACGUAAGGAAUCUCAGCAGUCUAGGCUGGGAGGCAUAGACAUGGACGGAGAGCUUGACCCGUCUUAUCAGUUGAUUGAUGCUUGCAAUCAUCAGAUGGAGAAUGCAGUGGUUUACUGGCUUGCACCUUCUAAAUGCCCAAAGCGUGAGCAAGAGGGGAUCGCAGGUUUCAAGGAAAAGCCGAGCACCCUUCAAGUCGAGAACAGCACUGUCAAGGUUGGAGGUCCCGGUGUCUCCGUGGAGUGCGAUACUACGGAUUCUUUGCGUUGUCAGUGGGCUUGGAUGCGAAGGGGUCUUGCUUAUGAUCAGUGCAGAAUGCUUUCUUACAAUGUUCAUCAGAAGUGGAUCCAGAGGCUCCUGGACUGCUUGUCACAGGUCCCUCCUCCGAAUUUCGCACCAGUUACUUUGACGCAGUGUGUCAGGGCAGACAAGGAGAUGUUCCUGCUCAUGUCACAGGAGGGCCUUCAAUCCUUCAAGCCAGGGCCGUCAGGUGUUCCACCUCUUGAUGCAGUCAUGUCCCGUUUAGCCUUCGAUCAGCGCAUCACUCAGUUCUUGCUUCCUAUGCAGAAGUCGCAGGUCGUGAGGGUUGCGCCAACAAAGGUGACGGAGGAUGACAAACCGUCUGUGCCUCCCAAGGUGCCACGCGUUGCGACUGAGAAGGCUAAGGCUAAGGCGAAAGCGCGAGGAGGCCCGAAGAACAAGCCGGCCGCCUUGGCAGCAUAUGAUACCACGACCAAGUUUGGCAACGCGUGCUGGGGUUUCAAUCUUCCCGAUGGCUGCUCUAACAAGACUGAGAAGGAGGGGAAGUGGCAGAAAGUUUUCACCCUGAGCAAGCUUCCGCCCCUUCCGAUGGAACAUCCGUUGAUGGGGUUGGCAAAGAUGCUCCGGGUCCGUGGAGCGGACUUCUGGUUGGCUAUGAAGCGCAACUUCAGCCAAUUCUUGAAGACAAAUGUCGAUUCUGAGAGCCCGGAUGCUUGUAUGGCAUCGCGAGCUGACAAUCAGGUCGCAGAUCCAGCAUCUGCCGAUACCCACGAACAGAUGGCUCGCACCAUGCUCCAUGCAAACGCCUUUACUGCCAGCAACUGCAUCCGCCUGUUCGAUGCUUGCCCUAAGGACCGAUCUCUGCGAAGUGUGCAGGACAGCUCCGUUGCAGGGACGCGCGUAAGUUUUGGGUUCUAUGUCCGAGGUGGCAAGGCCAGCGUCUUCAACGCAUGCACGUCGGCGUCGGCCACCUGCCGAUUCUUUACCUCGGUGAUUCGAUUCGUCGACCCCACCCAUGUGUUCGGGGCCUUUCAGAUUCUUUCCGAUGUUCGCUCGGAGAUUCAUCUUGACAAAGCCAACGAAAAGGGCAAACAUAUCAAGAAGUGGGAGGAGCAAGGCUAUCAACUGCCUGUUGAGCUACGGAGCUCCACGCAUCCUGACAUGCUCCCUGGGCUUUCUCCUCAGGAUCGCAAACGAGUCGAGGAUGCCAAUCAGCUCUACUUUGAGACAGCUCGGCUGCUUUCAGCUUUGGCAAAUCACAUCCAGGUCUCCUUGGCAGGUCCGUCGCCGCAGCAAUCUGUGCCUUUCCAUAGCAAAAGCACUCGCGUGGCUUUGGGUCUUCAGCCGCGUGGGGCCUCCUUCGGGCCUUUGGUCGCGGAAUUUUCGCAUUUUCUGUCGUGCUUUUGCCCUCCGAGUAAGCCGCAGCUCUUGCUGGACUUUUUGGCCAAGCAGCCUAAGGGUUCUCGCGUAGUUCGUCGCUUUGUUUUCGGAUGGGGGGAAGUCUUGCAUUCACUUGAACUGUGCGAGCACCCGAUUUUCCUUGAAGUCCCAGAUCCGAGGACUGGUCAGGUCGUAGCAAACGGCACUCAGGUGGAGCUUGUGACGAUUGGCAUUCCGUGUGAACCGUCCGAGUUCAUUCGAAGGGCCUUGAUCACGGGGCACCCCAGGAGCUUCGAGUUCCAUCUUGAACCCGAAAUAGAUGAAGCGAUUCAUGCGAACUUUGUUGGGAAUCCUGGUGACUUAGCCCGUGCCCGAAUCGACUUUGUCAAGAAGUGGAGUGCGAGAGCUAAGGAGCUCCAACCUGAGGAGGAUAAGCUUCAUUCCGCCAUGCCUGGCUACCUUGCGCAGGUUUUGCAAGGCAAACGUCUUCUCGAUGCAGGUAAGAAAGCAAUUGACCAUGCAACCUCCUUUGCAACUCUCGGUUUGCAAGUGGACCUUUCAAAUACAGAGGAUCGUGUGAUUCUUGUCGGCCACACCGACAAACGGCGCGACGAGCUAUGCACUGCACUCAACGAAGUUCUUGAACGGGGUGAGAUGGAGCCUAGGCCUUUCGAGAGGCUGAAGGGGCGCAUGGUUUUCUUCGAAGGCUACAGCUUCGGAAGAGUGAGCAACCAAGCUGUCAGGACUUUGUCGAGGGCUUGCAAACACAAGAACUCGGCCGUUCCCUUGAAUGCUCUACACAGGUCUGCAUUGCAAUUCUUGAUCGAGCGAACUAAGUCUGCUGAGCCCUUGAGGGUUCAGCCGUGCCUCCGGGCAACUUGGAUUCUCUUCACGGACGGAGCUUGUGAGGCUGAGAAAUCUUGGGGUGGCAUCGGAGGUGUCCUCUUUGCCCCGAAUGGCAGCUGUGCUGGCUACUUCGGCGAGUCGGUCCCAGACGAGCUCAUGAAACAACUCCUGUCCUUUUCGAAGAACCCAAUCUUCGAGCUUGAGAUUGCUCCAAUCUUGAUUGCAUAUGAACUGUGGAAGGGUCUUAUCCAGGGCAUCCUUCACCUUGAAUCUCAAGCGCGUGUGAACGUGUGGUACGGUGCAGAGGCUUUGCAGGUACAGGUCGCGUCCGACCUGGGCCACUCUCCUUUCAAGAAGGGGGAAGAGGCUCGUGCAGUCAAGAAGGUCAAAGCCUCAGAUGCGGAAUUAGAGGCAGCAGCUUGGCAACGGUCUCUUGAGAAAUGGCAUUUCAUGCUGACCCUUGAUUCCUCUGUGUCGCUGGUUGGAGCUUCCUUAGCAGGGCUGGGUCCCGUUGAGGGAAUGCAGGCUCUGCGCGAGCUUUUCGGCAGAAAGAAAGAGGCAACCGUGAAGAAGCGAGCUUCGUCGCUGCUCCGGUAUGUAAAGUACUUGCAAGAGCACCGCCCUUUCUCUUCUCCAUUCCCUUUUACGACCGAAACGGCGGAUGAGUAUAUCAGGCACUUGAGAAAUUGCAAGGUCAAGGCCGGCACUAUUGAUUCUUUCACUGAGGCCGUCCGUUUCGCCAUACAUGUUGUUGGCAUCGGUUGUGCAGGUGAUCCCAGCAAACUCUUCAGCCCCUGGUCUGUGGGGUUGCGAGGGCUAAUGCAAACUCAGAAGCCUGAAAGGGUGCCCGCUCUAGUACUGACGGUUGAGCAAGUAGAUUAUUUGGAGUGCUGCUUGGACGACACGGAGUUGGACAUUCAAGAUCGCUACGCUUGUGGAGCUUUCUUGUUUUGUGCUUACAGCCGAAGCCGCAUAAGUGACAUCAAGAGAGUGCUUCAUUUCUUCAUUGACACUGUCAUGGAGGGGACGGAGAUCUAUGGAUAUCUUGAGUGUGCAACUAGAGAUCACAAGACUUCCCAUCAGGCAAGUGUGCAGGGCAUGUCAAUGCCGCUCGUGGCUCCGGUGUGUGGGGUCCGGUCGGAACCGUGGGGACCCAAGUUCGUGGCCAUUGCCGCAUCGGCAGGUCUACCGCUUGACUCUGACAAGGAUGGGCCGCUUUUGCCAGCUCCCUUGGAAGGAGGAGGGUGGGGCAAGCGUUCGGUGACCACGGAUGAGGCUGGCGGUUGGCUUAGAUCUUUGCUCAGCAAGGGCAACAAGUGCAGUGAUGGUGUGACUGGCCAUUCGCUUAAAGCUACGACUCUUGAUUGGUGUGGGAAGUUCGGAAUCAGUGAGCCUGCCCAGGUGCUUUUAGGGCAUCAUGCUUUGAAGGGUUCAGCUAUGUAUGCAUACAUGCGAGACAAGCUCGCAGCACCGUUGCGCGAAUAUGAAGGCAUGCUCCGAGCCAUCAGGCGCAGCUUGUUCCUGCCGGACGCCACCCGAUCUGGCUUGUUCAAGCCGCACCCGGAAGCAGAGCCGGCUCCGAAGGUCGACGGAUUGUGCGGAGAACCCAGCAGUGAUAAGUCUUGGCAGGCCGUUGAAAAUCCUUUUCUUGAUCAGGGUGAUAAUCGCAGUGCUUUUGAGGCCUCAGGGAAUGAGGAAGAUCACUAUCGCGCAGUCGCCGAAACCCCUGAGGAGGCAGCAGGAUCUGUGCUUGAGGACAUUUUCAACCCAGUGGGGGAGCCCGCGGCGGAUGCCACGGGAGCCGAGGAUAGUUCGUCGUCUUCGUCAUCCAGUGACUCCGAGGACUCCGAGGCACCCGCGGGUGCAGACUGGGUCGAUGCUUUCAAGAACGAUCGGACCAUGACAAUCCAUUCGGUCGCGGUCGGGUCUAGCGGGGAGGUCUUCACUUGUGGUCGAAAGCGCACGCAAGACUACUCGAAGAUCACGCAGAGUUGCGUAGCGUGGAACAAACGAGCUCUGGCCAAACGGUGGCGCCGCGGUGAGAGUCGGGCGGCUGUUCCAGCCGGCCGGCAUGGAUCCAGUUGCAAGGUAAGCCGGGGUAGUGCCAUGGCGAGUGUUCCAGUUGCGACUUCGUUCACGGAAUCAAAGCCUGCAUUCGUGAAGAGGGCGCUCGAAGUCGGGCUGGAACAGUCAGAAGUCGACCACUUGGUCGGUAAGAAAGUGGACACUCUGUCCAAGCUCGCAUUUGUGCUGGUUCCUCCUGGAAAGGUUCCGGAAGACGAUGCUGUUGUUGCUCUGCUUCCCGCUGGGGCCAGUGCAGGAGCUUUAGCUGGGCUCAAGCGUCUCCUCUUCGAGGCUCAUACCAUGAUCGUCUCAGCUCUUAAGCAGCGAGUUGAGCGGACAGAUGAAAACCUCCCAGCUUCCUUAGAUGUGGCCGAAAGGGAGGACCGCCUUGCUAAUCAGAAGGCCAGAUUGGGCGGUCUGACAUUUCAGGGGGAUGAGGAGGUCGCUCACUCGGCCUACGAUCUUGUGUUUGCUAUGGCCCAGAAGAAUGAGCUUGUUUGGCUGGCGCCGGAGAAGUUCGGAACCAGGCGUGCUGAGAUCAGCUCUAAGAAGAGCCAAAAGGAGUUGGUCAUCGAUGGCAGUGGAGUGGCUGUGAAAGAAAAGGUCCAGACCACUAAUUGUGCCAUUAGCAGCGAUCUGGACUUAGUGCUUGCCCUCCGCCGUAGAGCAUUGGCCAUGGACCUCGUAGGCAUUGUGUCUUACGAGGUAGCAAACAAGUAUCACCAAUCGCUGCUUCAGCGACUUCGCGAGUCGCCUCCACCAGACUACGCAAAGGUGACAGUGGCACAGAUCGGCCGUGCAGACCGAGCCGCAUGGCUCAAAAUGGCCGAGACCGUGACCACUCUUCGUCGGUCCAGCUCUGGGAAUCUGCCCCUCGAUCUGCUCCUUCCGAACAUAUUGCUUGAUCCGAGUGUGGCAUACCAUCUGUUGCCAUUGCAUGCCGGCAAUCACUCAGGUCCCCCGAAGGCGGAUCCCAGCACCGGCACGCCGCCACCGCCGAAAAGGCCGUUCACUCCAAAUCCACGUCAGCCCAAGAAGCCUUCAAAGCGCACUAACUUCUCCGUGCCCAAGGAGCUUAUCGGCAAGGUACACCAGACGCCCAAAGGUGAGGCCCUUCUUCAAAAGCUUGAGGGCAUAGCGCUAGACGAGGUGGUGGUAGUGGAAGUCUUUUGUGGGACGGGGCGGCUUUCCUCUUCUCUGAAGCAAGAGGGCUUCGACUCAUUUGGGGUCGACUCCUCGGUAUCCAAAUUUGCAUGUUGUUCUGUUCUUAAGCUUGAUCUAACCUGUCUUGAUGCAUCCACUCACUUGUGGACGAUCUUGAAAGAUCCGGCUGUCAAAUUCGUUCAUUUUGCCCCCCCCUGGGGGACCGCAUACCGUGCGAAGCCUGGGAGCUCUCGAGCCAUUCUCCGAAGUGAGUUGCAUCCAGAAGGCGUGGGCGAUCUUGGAGGUCUCGAUGCCACUCGGGUGUCAAAGGCUAAUCAAUUGUACACCUUAGCCCUUGAGAUGUGCUCCUUCUGUCUUCAGCACAGUAAAUAUUUUUCAAUUGCGCAUCCCGUGAGGAGCUAUCUUUGGAUUCUUCCAGCGUGGAAGCGGUUUCUUCAAAGGCAUGACAUUUUCCAGACUGUUUUUCAUCAGUGUGAAUACGGUGGCUUGAGUCGACGAGAGACGCUCUUGGUUCAUAAUGUGCCCAAGUUUCAGGAACUCCAGCGAACCUGCUCGGGCAAACAUGUGCAUUUAGGUUGGGGCCGCAGUGGCCUCCUCGACAACGUCUCUGAAGGUGCAUAUCCUUGGGGCCUGUGCAAACUCAUGGCUAGCUUGCUCAAGGAGCACUUUCUUGCUUUGGGGUGCGCUGGCCCGGCCACAGAAAUCCGUGCCACGGCAAACGUUGUGCAGGCCUCCAGGGCCUUCUCAGGUAUGCAAUCGCGGAAGCGUGUGCCGCCACUGCUGAGCGAGUUUGCCUCUGUGCAUUCAGUUAUGGUGCCUUCAAGCUUGGCGGAAUCCUUUCUGCGUCCGGGUCAAAAACUGCCGUCGGACUGGAGCCCAGGCUCGUCCGUGCAAUGUUCUCCACCAUUGGCCCGGUUUCCUGCCGGCAGCCGUGUUCUUCGCGCCCACGUGGUGCCAGGGGGGUAUGAUGAGGACACGAAACUCCUUUGCCGGCCCAACUUCGGCCCUUCCUCCCCUUGUGGUUUAGGCCCUGGCCCUAGUGCGGUAAAGAAGAGGCCUUUUCCGGGUGAGGUUGAUGGGUUUAGCAAUCAAACCGGUCUUGAUUGGGAGGCCCCUCAAGUGCGAGAGGCAAUGAGGUCAGGGUGCGCUGAGACGGUAGCUAAGCUAAUCAAUCGGUGCCACAAGGUCCAUCGCAAGGACCUGUGUAUCCUCUUGGACUUGCUACCUUCGGAAUCCCUGAGGUGGGGAGCAGACUCAGGUGCCAGGUCGUUUCAGGCAGGCUGCUUCGUUCAUGGCCCUAUGCAUGGAGUCCGAUCAGUCACCAAGCAAUUCCCUGAGUGUGUGCGAGCCAUGUGCACUUAUGUCCGAGGACUUUUCCCGGGGCUAGAAUUUGGGACAGUUGGGUUUUUCCGUGACUUAGCAGCGAUACCGCACCGCGACGCCAACAAUGAAGCUUCCACUGACAAUGCCAUUGCUGCCCUGUCCGAUUUUGAACAAGGCGACUUAUGGAUGGAAGAUCCAAGCGGUGACGUGGAACGAGAGUUUCGAGGCCGUGCUGUCAAGGGAACCUGCAUCCCGGUUACAUGUGAGGGUUUCAGGUUCGACGGGCGACGACUCCACGCGACCAUGCCCUGGCGUGGACGCAGAGAUGUCAUUGUGGCAUAUAUGCCCAGGGGUCCACAAGACUUGAGCACUGGGCAUAGGAAGUUCUUGGAAGGUUUGGGGUUUAUCCUCGAUCGAUCUAAAGCCCUAUCUUCUAAGAAGAAUGUCGCUGGCUUCACCAAGGCAGUGAUUGGUGUUUAUCGGACACCGGAGCAGUUUGUGGCAGAGGCCGCGAACAUCGGCCACCCAUCUCAGCUGUCGUCACUGUUACCGCCUGAGAUUUCUUCUGCUGUGCGGAAAAUCCAUCGCGAAGGUGAGGCUAAUGUGGCCAAGGAGCGUACCGCCACGCUCCGCAAAUGGGUGGGGUUAGCUGGACAGCUGGAGCACGCCGAGAAAGACCUGAAAGCCGAGCUGCCUCAGUUUCGUAAGGACGUCUUGAGCACUAAGCGCUUAGAGCUGUUCCGGCACCUGCUGUGCGAAAUCCAACAUGAGGAUACCACACUGGUUGAUGACAUUCUUCAUGGAUUUGACCUCACCGGUAAGUUGCCCCGUUCCAAUGUCUUCACGCGGAGGUUUAAACCUGCUGAGCAGUCUGAGGCCCAGCUCAGGGCUGGGGCCAAGAGGCUGCGCGAUGGACUGGUUGCAACAAUAAAGGCCUCGGAUGACCCAGAGGUGGAUCGCGGUGUUCUCAAGGCCACGCGCAAGGAACUUGAGCGUGGCUUCAUUGAAGGGCCGGUGCCGCUUGAUCAAAUUCCUGAGCAUGCGUCGCUCACGCAUCGGUUCGGAGUCCUACAGGGCCACACUGAUGAAGGGCCGAAGGUAAGACCCAUAGACAAUUACUUGACGUCCCAAGUUAAUUCUUCAGUGACCCAGGUUGAGCAGGUCAGUGUCCACACGAUCGAUGUGGUCGCUGGCAUGUUGGGGUGCUGGUUGAAUGAAUGGUUCAUGAGCGGGCGCCCGGAGCAUUCUGCUCCAGUGUGCAAAGCGUGGGACCUGCGUACCGCUUACAAGCAAUUGCCGCUUUCCGACUCCUCGUUCGAGCUUGACAGCUUCUUCAUUCUUUUCAACAUUGAGGAAAGUGGAGGUGAGGUGUACAAGCAGCGAGUUCUUCCCUUCGGUUCCACUGCCAGUGUGACCAGCUUCAUAAGGGCUGCCUAUGCCUUAUGGAAGCUCGGAGCUGUGAGUCUGUACCUUGUCUGGAGCGAGUAUUUCGACGAUUACUUGAAUGUGAGUGGCGCCGCCUGCGCCAAGCAUUGCAACUUCGUAAGCGCGAUGUUCUUCCAGUUGCUCGGGUGGGAGGUCUCGAAAGAUAAAGAGCUUGACUACGAUGCAAUGUGCGUCGUCCUUGGGGUUCAAAUCAACCUCAAGGAUGCAAAGCUGGGACUUAUCUUUCUUGAGAAUACGGCGAAGCGCAAGAAAGAAGCUCUUGAUGACAUCAGUCGUGCUUUGUCCACAGGGCUGCUGGACCCUAGUGAAAGCGAGAAGCUACGAGGCAGGCUGCAGUUUGCCAGUUGCCAGAUUUUUGGCAGACGUCCCAAGGCAUCCUUGAAGUUAUUGGCCCAUCACUCAAGGCAGAGGAAGUGGGAGGUCAGCCCCCUCACGCGUUUGGGUUUGGUGCAGCUCAAGCAAUUCCUUGAAUAG